GUAGUAUUUGUAUUUCGGCAACUGUUGUUUUUGGAUGUUGCCGAAACCUUGCAAGGCCGUCAGCACGUAUAGCAACCACUUGAAAACAAUACUGGGCUGCUGGCAAUGGAAAUGGCAGACACAGACAGGAGAAAGAGCAGGUAUUACACGUUGCGUGGAAAUUUAUAAAAUUAAUGAGAUCGCGCAAAAUUACUGGAUACUUUUCUUUCUUGGUAGCGGGCCCCACUCGGCGGAAAUAGCCGUUAUUAGAGAAAUCUAUGAUGGAGAGAACGCUCAGGAAAGGUUCGAGCUAGAACUGGAACGAGCAUUGGAAGCCUCUGUUCCAGUAAUUGUCAUUGAACCUGUUCGACUUGGUGACGAAACGGCACGAUGGAUUGCUGUUGGGAAUUGCCUUCACAAAACUGCAGUUCUUGCAGGUCUUGGUUCAGUCAUAACAGGAAUCUUUUGUGAUAAUCGUCCAUACAUAUACACUCCAUUAGGUCUCCUUUCUUUGCUCUGUACAGGACUUUAUACAGCCUCUUGGCAAUUUGAUCCUUGCUGUAAAUAUCAGGUUGAAAUGGAUACCAAGAGAUUGGCAAAAUUGCCAGUAAAUAGAUUAACUACUUCCAGUCCAAUAGUUCUUGUACGAAGAGAUGAUAACAAACGUAAGACUCUUCAUUGCACCAUAUGUGUUGCAGCUACUAGCAUUACUCUCUGGAAGCUGUACUUUAUUGCCUUUAAAUAGUCUUGUUUUAAAGAAAUCUUCCGAAUGUACAAACUGAACAAUACACUUAUUAUAUCAGAA